GAGAUGUUAUCGAAAGUGGCUCAGCUACAUCGACAUCGACAAAAACAUAGCGAAAAUGCCAAAUAAUCAGGAUAUUUAGCGUAAUUGGGAAUUCUGUGAUUGGACCAUGGACAUAGCUACUAUUGAGCUGAGUGUGGAGGCACUAAUAGGCUCCUUGCUGGCGCUGGGAGUCUUGUUUGCCUUCUGCCGCAGCUUGCUUUCUGAGGACUUCGUGAGUACCUUCAAAACACGUCACAGCUGGAAAUCAAUAAAGGUCUUGGAGCAGGCCUGCUUCUGCAACGUAUGUGAAAUCCUGCUAACCCCCUCUGCAGGACUCUUUUGCGACUGUUGCGGCCUGUGCACCCAUGCAUCUCCUCCGUGCCAGCGAAGAGCAGACAGGGAGUACCGAUGCAAGGACAAAUGGUUGCGCAACGAAACCUCCGUACGGCAUUUGUGGGUCCACGGGAAUUUGCCCAUUGGAGUUCAUUGUGCGGACUGCAAGGAAGAGGUAGAUCACCAUGUCAGCACUGACCCGGGAUUGUAUGGGUGGCGAUGCGCAUGGUGUCAGCGGUGCUACCACAACGAUUGCUACUCCCGUGUCGACACCAAGGGGGCCUGUGACUUUGGCGAGUUCAAGGACAUGAUUUUCCCGCCUUACAGCUUCGUGGCAGCUCGAACUAGGGAUUCAAUGCGUUUGCAUUUGGCCAGCAUUACGCCGCCAGACAUUGAGAACUGGGAACCACUAAUUGUGAUUGCCAACACCAAGUCAGGCAGCAGUACUGGCGCCAACGUUCUGUCCCUGUUGCGUGGUUACCUGCAUCCGCUGCAGGUGAUGGAACUAGGAUCACGAGGUCCACAAGAUGCCCUCCAAUGGGCUGCCAAGGCCAGUCCUCGCCCGUGUCGCAUACUGGUGGCCGGUGGCGAUGGUACCAUCGGUUGGGUGCUCAAUACUAUUUACGCUUUGAACAUCAAACCCCAGCCUUCGGUGGCCAUCAUGCCGCUGGGCACCGGCAACGAUUUGUCGCGAGUUUUGGGGUGGGGAGCUGAACCGCCAUCUGUUCUCGAUCCUGUAGAGAUCCUAAGAAGUAUACGGCGUGCCCGAUCCGUUAAUCUCGACCGCUAUGAUCUGCAAAUAGAGAAACUCCACUAUAGGCUACCCAUCCAAAGGCAUCCAACAAAGACGAUUCAUGUGUACAACUAUUUUAGUGUAGGUGUGGACGCGUAUAUUACCUACAACUUCCACAAGACGCGGGAAUCUCGAUUCUAUCUGCUGAGCAGUCGGAUAUUCAAUAAGCUUCUUUACUUCACCUUUGGAACGCAACAGGUGAUGCAACCUGGCUGCGAACACAUCGAGGAGAAGCUCACCUUGUACCUGGACAACAAGCCAGUGCAACUGCCUGAACUGCAAGCGCUGGUGUUCCUAAAUAUUGACUCCUGGGGAGCUGGCUGCAAACUGUGCGAGCUUAGUAACUCCAAUGGUGAAGUGCGCAUCACAAACUCCAUCUCCGAUGGCAUGAUGGAAGUGUUCGGCAUUGUUUCCUCCUUUCACAUUGCUCAGCUGCAGUGCAAUAUAAGCAAGCCAGUUCGUAUUGGCCAAGCCAAGCAAAUAAGGCUGCAAGUCAAGGAGACAGUGCCAAUGCAGGCAGAUGGCGAGCCCUGGAUGCAGUGCCCUGCAGAUAUACGCCUGUCCUCGCGCAGUCAAGCACGCGUUCUAAAGCUGGCGUAAACUUAAAUGUAAUAGUUAAUACCCAAUAGUAAUCCCUUAUGUGCCAGUCCUAUAAUCUCAAAGUACUUAACCUGAAACCUCAGUGUAUACUUAACCGAGCUAUGGCAUUUCAAGACAUCCCGUAGAGGAAAACCAAAACUAGUCGAAAAAUACAUUAAUUCGUAUCUGAAA